CAUUUUGUUCCACACCAAAUCUGACUGCUUGCCCAUUGCGUCGUCUUCCUCUCGCCUUCCCUUUCCAGCCUCCGCCUAAUCCCCCUCCUUGUAGUUCUUCUUCUUCUUCUUCUUCUGGUCCACGGCGACCUCGGACUCGCUCCCACCAAACCGCACCAAACUUCUCUUCCUCAUCCAUCCCCACCCAGCGCCCGCAACCCCCGCCAUUCGCGCCAUGAUUCCUUCCUCCUCCUAGUUCCUUUCUUUCUUUCCUGUUCGAUCCCCGCCAGCAUCUGCCCAACUCUCUCUCCCUUUUAUCCCCGCACCUGAGCUCCAAGUUCUAACCAAACCAGGAAGAAGAAGAAGCAGGAGGAGUUUGGAGUUUGGAGGUUGGUUGAGAACUAAUGGCGUCGAUCCGGCGGCCGCACUCGCCGGCGAAGCAGCAGCACCUGCUGCGGCACCACCACCCCUUCGCAUCCUCCUCCCCGCCCUCCUCGCCGCUCCGCCACGCCUCCUCCGCCGCCACCACCUCCUCGUCGCCGAGGCACCACCACGGCGGAAGCUACCCGCACCCGUUCCUCUUCUUCACCCGCCGCCCGCUGCCGCGCUUCGCCGCCUUCUUCCUCCUCGGCUCCUUCCUCGGCCUCCUCCACUUCCUCUCCCACCUCCCCCUCCUCCCCCACCUCCCCGUCCCCACAAACGCGUCCUCCUCUUCCCCCCAAUUCAACCACCUACAGCAGCAGCCAGCUCUUGACCAGCAGCAGCAAGCUACGACUCUCGGCCUCGGCGGCGGCGGCGAGAACAACGGCGACAAGCUGCUCAUCGUGGUCACGCCCACGCGCGCCAGGGCGUCGCAGGCCUACUACCUCAGCCGGAUGGGCCAGACGCUGCGCCUCGCGCGCCCGCCCGUGCUCUGGGUCGUCGUCGAGGCCGGCAAGCCCACCCCGGAGGCCGCCCACGCGCUGCGCCGCACCGCCGUCAUGCACCGCUACGUCGGCUGCUGCGACAAGCUCGCCGCCGCCGCCAACGCCAACGCCUCCAUCGACUACCGCCCGCACCAGAUGAAUGCCGGACUGGAGGUCGUGGAGAACCACCGCCUCGACGGCAUCGUCUACUUCGCCGACGAGGAGGGCGUCUACUCCCUGCAGCUCUUCGACCGCCUCCGCCAAAUCAGGAGGUUUGGCACAUGGCCUGUUCCGGUGAUCUCUGAUGGUGGUAAUGGUGUGGUGCUGGAUGGCCCCGUUUGUAAACAGAACCAAGUUGUGGGGUGGCAUACAAGUGGGGAAGCCAGCAAGCUCCAGAGAUUUCAUGUUGCUAUGUCAGGUUUCGCGUUCAAUAGUACCAUGCUCUGGGAUCCCAAACUGAGGUCCCAUCAGGCCUGGAACUCGAUCCGGCAUCCGGAAAUGGUGGAGCAAGGUUUCCAAGGAACCGCGUUCGUAGAGCAGUUAGUGGAGGAUGAAAGCCAGAUGGAAGGCAUUCCUGCUGACUGCUCCCAAAUAAUGAACUGGCAUGUGCCAUUUGGAUCUGAGAGCCUGGUCUAUCCUAAAGGAUGGCGAGUUGCAACGAAUCUGGAUGUGAUUAUUCCUCUAAAAUAGUAUUGCCAGCUCUGUUCAUCAAAGCACUAACUCAUUUGACAGGCAUUUACAUUAGCAGUUAAGCCCUGAAGCUUGGGCUCAACAAGUGCAGAGGCAUUCCAGCUUGAUUACCUUCGAGAAGCAGCUCUUGACAAAGGCUUGGGCUUUGCUACAUAUUUCAGUCCAACCUUUUGGAAAAUAUUUUGUAGGAUGAAGAACUAGUGGGGCAUUUCUUUGCCAUGUUUAUGUACAUGUCGUGAAUUGUAUUCAUUUGUUGAGUUGAAAAGGCCAGAAGGCAAUAUAUUCAAAUUUCAAAUAGUUUUGCAUGUUCCAAACUGC